CUGUGUCGCUGCUGCAGCUUCACUCGCAAGGCGAGCGGCGCACAUCGAGGAGCGGAGCUUACUAAAGAAAUAAAAAAAAAUCAAAUCCAGUCAUCAGAAGAAAAAGCGGCAGAAGCAGAGACGCUCACGGACUGUUCAGAUCAAUCUUCUUUUCCACCGAUAGCGAUUACCGAAAAGGAUCUGCAAUCGUUCUCUUACUUUUUUUAAAAUUUUUAUCUUAUUAUUUCCCUGGAGCACAUUGGCUAAAUGGAUAAGGAACGUGCGCUCGCUCGAAGCCGGAGAGAGGCUUUUGAUAAAGAGGGAAAUUAAGCUGCCGGCUCUCUGGCUGUGUGCGCGUGCGUGCGUGUGCGUGUAUGUGUGUGUGUGCGCGUGUAUGAGUCACAAUCUCGUAUUUCAGCCCUAGCUAGUGUGGCCGGCUGCUUGGAGCUGGGGCCCGAUAUGGACUCAAAGAAGAGAUAAUUCCAGGAGGAGGAGGUGGUGGUGGAGGAGGAGGUGUCGGUUGUGGCGGUGGUACUAGUGGAAGGGGAAACAAUUUGAGUGCGCCGAAGAACUUUUUUAUUAUUAUUUUUUUAAAAAAGGACUGGACUUUAGAGGAAUAAAAAAACAGAAGAGCGAGUGAACAAAGUUGGCGUCUAAUACUUCUGCGUGGAGCUGGAGCCGUGGUCUAAAAAAAACUCGGAGGAAAUGGGGGAGCAGCCAAUCUUCACCACCAGAGCCCAUGUCUUCCAGAUCGAUCCCACUACCAAGAAGAACUGGGUCCCUGCCAGCAAGCAGGCCGUCACCGUCUCCUACUUCUACGACAGCACAAGGAACAGCUACCGCAUCAUCAGCGUGGACGGAUCCAAGGUAAUAAUCAACAGUACAAUUACGCCGAACAUGACCUUCACAAAAACCUCACAGAAGUUCGGCCAGUGGGCAGACAGCCGAGCGAAUACAGUAUUUGGUUUGGGAUUUUCUUCCGAGCAACAAUUAGCAAAGUUUGCUGAAAAAUUUCAGGAAGUUAAAGAGGCAGCAAAACUAGCAAGAGACAAGUCUCAAGAGAAAAUUGAAACCUCUAGCAACCAUUCGCAGGAAUCCGGUCGGGAGACUCCAUCCACGCAAGCAUCCAGCAUUAAUGGCACCGACGAUGAGAAGGCAUCUCACGGAGGACCUGUAGACGCACACCUGAAAGGCGACAAUGACAGGCUGAAGACGUCUUUAACACAGGGCUCAGCCAACACGAAGAAAUGGGAGACGGAACUUCAGACGCUGAGAGAAAGCAACGCACGGCUAAUUGAUGCCCUCCAGGAGUCUGCGACUAAUGUAGAGCAGUGGAAAAAACAACUAGAAGAGUGCAAAGAUGAAAGCGAUCAACUCAGGAAAAAGAUCACAGAGCUUGAAGCACAAUGCAACGAAAUAAACGUGGAGAAGGAGCACAAUGAGCAGCUGAGCAUGAAGGUGCAGGAGCUGGAGUUGGAGCUCGCCGAGAAGGAGCUGGAGCUGGAGAACCUGAGGAAGCAGGCAGAAAUCAUCCCACAGCUCAUGGAGGAUUGCGAGCUGAUGACUCAGAAGCUACAGGAUGCUGAAUUGAAAAGCAAAGACUUGGAGGACAGAAUUCAGACGCUACAGGCCGACCUCGAAGAAAGCCAACACAAACAGGGAAACCUGAAGAUGGAGCUCAAGACGUUUUUAGAUGUGCUGGAUGGAAAGAUCGAUGAACUGCACGAAUUCAGACAAGGACUGUCAAAACUAGGAAUAGAUAACUGAGAAAAAAACGAUGCCUCCUUUUUCGGGGGGUGGGGGUAUUACCACUCGUUUUUUUUCUUUAAAUGAAGACACAAACCAUUUAGGGCCUGUCUGACUUGAUUAGACUCCUCUCUGAGUGUGCCUCACGAAAAAAAAAAAAA